AUGAGUUCAUUAACCAGGAACAUAUCUUCAGAAUUGAAAAAUGUCUAUUCGUCGAUUUUAUUGGCUAGGGCGCCUAUUGUGAGCCGAGAUUUAAACGAGUUUGAAGAAGCAUAUUAUAAGUACCAAACGGAAUUGGAAAAGAGGUUGAUGUGGACCUUUCCCUCGUAUUUCUACUUCAAGAAGGGUUCUUUGAGUGAGAGAAAUUUUGUCAAGGCCAACAAGGGCCCAGUUUCGAGAGUUCCAGACGUGUUUUACCCCAAGGGAGUGCCAGAGAUCAGACACAACCGAGAGCGAAGAAGCAAGCAGGAGUUGGUGAUUCCCACCCAAAAGUCGAUGGUUCCCGGCGCACAGGACAGCUUUACGGACGAAAUCAGGGCCAACCCCAGGACCACCGAGGCGGACGAAAAGAACGACACGCGCUCAUUGGAACGCAAGCUCUCACGCACACUCUACUUGGUGGUGAACAGCGGCGGCGUGUGGAAGCUCCCCACCUUCGCCGUCACCGACGCGACGCAGCCCUUGCACGUGCAGACCGUGCAGCACACGCAGCAGAUGUGUCCUCACCGGCUCAACAUCCAGACCGUGUCGCACUACCCGGUUGCGGUGUUGAGACCCGCUGACCGCCGCGAGUACGUUGUUCUGUCGCACCUCAUCGCGGGCCGCUUUGCGCUCGCCGACGAGUACGCGUGGUUGGCGCGGGAGGAGCUCGCGAGCAGGGUCGAGCCGGCCUACUUUGCCAGCAUCGGCCACCUCUUAAGCGCCGUCUAG